AUGUCCGCCUUAGAUCCCAAAGUCGCCUCCCUCGUUGAUCGUGCUGCGCGCGACGACGACUCAGACGAAGAUGCGCUUAUUGCGUCUCUGGAAGACGACGAGGAAUUAGAUGCCUUCCGCGAGCAACGACUCCAGCAAUUACAUCACGAGUAUGACAAGGCGCGGCGGCUGAAAGAGAACGAGCAUGGCAGAUACACGGAGAUUAAGGAUGAGAAGGCGUUGAUGGAUAUCACCACAAGCACGCAAUUGUGUGUUGUUCACUUUUUCAAGCCCGACUUCAACCGGUGUCGUAUUAUGGACACACAUCUCGAGUCACUUGCAUUAUCUCACUACGAGGCCCGCUUCCUCAAGAUCAAUGUGGAGAACUGCCCUUUCCUAGUCACACGCCUAGGAGUCCAAGUUCUGCCCUGUGUCAUAGCCUUCAUCGAUGGUAUCGGAGCUGACCGCAUCAUUGGAUUUGAGGGACUCGGCCACACUGAGCAAAGCUUCACCACUCGCGAUCUGGAGGCGCGUUUGAUUCGUGCAAACGUUCUUGCGAGAAACAAGGUCAACGAAGAGGAUGAGAGGCGGAGAUUGCAGAACGCCAGGGCUCAGCAGCAAGAAGACGAGGAUCUGGACUGGGACUGA